AUGGAGGACUACGAAUCGGCUCUGUUCAUUUCUCGGGAUGUCUACGUCUAUCAGAUCCCGCCUCGAACGAGUAAUGCGGGUUACAGGGCUGCAGAAUGGGGCGAGAUGACGGAGCCUAUGUGGCGAGGUCGCUUGCGAGUCAUCGAGAAAGGUUCAGAAGUGCCGACAAAGUGCUUCAUCAACCUCGAGGAUAAGGAUUCCGGCGAGCUCUUCGCCCAAGCGCCCUACAAGCCGACAAAACAGAACCCGAACGGCGGAUGCGAAGCCGUCCUCGACUCGUCGCGCUACUUCGUCUUGACCGUCAUCGACGCUGGCUCGGGUCAGAAGGCGUACAUCGGAAUGGGCUUCCCGGAGCGAACGGAGAGCUUCGACUUCAACGUCGCCUUGCAAGACUGGACCAAGCGGCAGACGCCGCCCAAACUCGUGCCCGACGCUCCUUCCUCCUCAUCCUCAUCUUCCUCCACGCCCUCGGCUCCCGCCCAGCCCUCUCGCGACUUCUCGCUCAAAGCUGGCGAGACAAUCUCAAUCAAGCUUGGCGGCAUGUCAACAAAGAAGAAGGCGGACAAGCCGGCGAACGGUGCGGGCGGUGGACUCGGCGGCUUCAUGCUGCCUCCCCCACCGCCACCACCUUCGCGAGGACGGUAG